AUGAUUUCAUCUGAAAUAAAUUUCAUUGAUGAAUUAUCUUAUCGUCAAAUUCAAUGUGAAUUAAAAAAACGUCGUUUAAGUUCAACUGGCAAGAAAAUUAUCAUUGUAAAACGAUUGAAAGUUGCAUAUGAGAAUGAAAUAAUAAAAAAUCAAUUAUCAAAUGUAACAAAAUUUCAUGAUCUUCCAAAUGAAAUCUAUCGAGAAAUAUUCGAUUAUUUAUGUUCGUUCGAUAUUAUGCAUUCAUUCCAUGGGCUUAAUCAUCGUUUAAGUGAAGUCAUUCGAGACAUUCCAAUGAAAUUAAAUUUUAAUGAUUUAUCUCAAAUUGAGUAUAAACGUGUAUUAAAACAUGUUGUACCGAAAAUAAUUGAUCAAUCGGUGUCUAUAGAAAUAGGACAAUCCUAUAAAAUGAAUCGUUGCUUUUCUUCUUUGUAUAGUUCAGAAUCUCUUAUUGAUUCGUUUAUUCAAUCAUUAGAUUUUAAUCAAUUCGUUAAUCUUCAAUUUCUUUCACUCACUUCACCUAGUCAAAGUCAAUUAAAAUUAUUGUCUUCAGUUAUACCAAAUAUGCUAUCGCUUCGUUCAUUACGACUUCUAGAACAAAAUGAUUUAAGUAAAUUAAAUGAAACAAUUUGUAAACUUGUACUUGCAAAUAAUUCUUAUUGUUCGCACGAUAAACGUUGCCAUCGUAAACAUCUUUUCAUCGAAACAAAUCUUCCAUUUAAAACUCUUACUCUUCUUCAUAAAUAUUUUAUUAACAAAAUUUCAUUUGACUGCAUACAAAUAGAUAUUCGUUGUGCAUUGUUUUAUCAUCCUCGUGCAUUAACACAUAUUGAUUGUAAUGGCCUAUCUAAUCUUAUAUCAAAUAUGACUUAUUUUAAAAUCGAUAUGAAAUAUGGAACAUUUCAAACAACGUUCGAUUUCAUUCAACGUUUUUCAACGAUACAUCAUCUAUCUGUUAAAACUGUUUUAGAAGCAUAUGCGAAUGGACAUCAGUGGGCUGAGUUACUUGCUCAAAUGCCAAAUCUAAUCAAACUUGAUCUUGAUAUUCAUUUUGAUUCGUAUAAAUCUGAUCAAGAAUUACAAACGUUUCAAACAAAGUUUUGGUCGGAACGUCAAUGGAUUGUUCAAUUUGUUGAAAGUCACCAUUUUAGUUCUUCCAACUGUAAAAUUAUACAUCACAGUAUUUAA